AUGCCUCACAAUCGAUCAUCAACCGGGUCAACUCCCAUUCUACAUCGUGUCGGGUUUUCCGGGGCCGCGGCUCGCUUCACUCAGCGCUCCUACGCCGCGGACUAUAUGGCAUUGGGCUUCCUAGUCGCAGGAUGGCUAUUGAUCCAAAUCUUCGUCUCACCUUUUCAUCGCAUGUUUUCCCUCGAUAACAAGUCCAUCCAAUACCCAUUUGCUGUCCAAGAACGGGUCCCCGUCAUUUGGGCUGUCUUCUAUGCUGGGGUCAUCCCUUUCUUCAUAAUACUGGCCUGGUCAGCCGUGCUUCACCCCGGUGCACAAAGGACCCAAGUAACUAUACUCGGCCUCCUGGUGGCUUUGAUGCUCACUUCCUUCUUGACGGACAUUAUCAAAAAUUCCGUCGGAAGGCCUCGCCCUGACUUGCUUUCACGAUGUAAGCCAUCUCGGGGCACACCAGACAAUGCGCUGAUCGCAUGGACUGUCUGCACCGAGACAAAUCAACAUAUUCUCCAAGAAGGAUGGCGCAGCUUCCCCAGCGGACACAGUAGCUUCUCCUUUGGUGGCCUAGGAUAUUUGUCCCUAUUCUUCUGUGGUCAAAUGCACGUCUUCCGUCCACGAACAGAUCUCGGCAGAUGCUUGUUGGCAUUUAUACCACUUCUGUGUGCGCUUUUGAUCGCCAUUUCUCGCCUGGAUGAUUAUCGCCACGACGUCUGGGACGUGACUAUUGGGUCCCUACUUGGAAUGCUGAUCGCAUGGUUCUCUUACCGUCGCUACUACCCAGCACUUCAAUCGGCGCGCUGUGAUGUCCCAUAUGAUAAAGGUGACAAUGCAGGUGUUGAUGGCUUUGGUAAAAUUGAUGACGAGGAGCAGGGCCUAUCACAAUCCAUGUUACAAGGUGAUAGCCCUGGACAUGGGGAAUCGUAUCCGUUGGAAGAGACGGGAUCUCCUCGGGUGAUAUAA